UCAAAUAUUUUUCACAUUUUAUAUUUUUCAUAAAUUUUUUUUAAUACUAUUUUGAUUGACAUUUAUAUAAGUAAUUUGUUAAGUUAUUUAUUGGAUAAUAUUAUAAAAAUUAUUAGAAAUAAUUUCGUCUUAAAUAAAAAUGUAUUCAUUACAAGUUUAAAAAAUAACAAGGAAGAAAUUAAUUUAUUAAUAUUAUUUACAUCAAAAAAUAUAUAAAUUUUAUUGUCCUUUAUUAAAAGCAUAUCUAAAUCUGUACAAAUAAUGUGUGUUCUUAUUUAUAGAUUAUAUCGUUAAUUUAUCUUAAAGAAUUGAAGAUCUAGAAAGAAUAUUCAUGUCAUAUCACUGUUUAUAAAAUAUUAGUUUAGAUUUAAGUUUCUAUUUAGUAUGUAAUAGCUUCUAAAAAUUGCACAUCAAAAUAAAUAUUUGAAUAAGUUUCAAAUGCUUAUUUCAAAUUGGUUUAUUUAAGUAAAAAUAUUUAAUAUUUUUACUAAACUAAAAUACCCAAGUUUUAAAAAAAUUUUCCGAAUAAUUAAUGAGUUUAAAUUUAAUAUUUAAUUAAUUGAUUGAUUUAUAACAAUUGAUAGUUACAUACCAUUGCUAAAUUAUAGAUAAUAUUAUUUUUAUCAAUACGAAGUUAUAUGAGCGAGAUUUCUUGGCAUGCAUAUAAUUGACACGUGUAUUUCAAAACAAUUUAAUUUUAUAAUUUACCGUAUAUAUUACUGUAAUUAUAAUCUACUAUAAUAAAUUAUAAAUUAAAAGAUAGCAUCAUCUUUAAGUAUAACAUUAUUUAGAUUGAAUUAUUAAAAAAAAAAAAGCUAUGGAAUUUUACAACUUAUUUAAAAAAUUAUUUUAGAAUAGUAUUUUGUUUCGUUUUUCUAUCAAUAUUUUUUUAUAAAUUUUUACUGUUGUCAAUUAAUCAUGUCUCCACUUGUUAAUUUCUAUUGAUAUUUUUUUGAUCGCCAUCGUUGUCAAAAUAAAAAUAAUUCAACUAAUACUUGGUUUCUAAGCAGCCAUUUAGCGAUAAAUUAAAGAGCGAUCAUGUCUAUUGACACAGUUUGUCGUUAACGUUUAACGUGGACGCGCGAUAUCAAGUGAAGAAGCGUUUCCAUUAUUCUUUUUGCGAUUCCUGAAAAAAUUGUUUGGAGGUUUUCAUAUCUAUGGAUUUUUUAAAAUUGAGAUUAAUGUAGGAAAAAUUAAUUUUGUAGUGUCCAUAAACAAUAUAAACAUAUAACUUUAAAAUGUCUGAAAAUGGAAUGCAGAUGACCGAGGUGAAUAUAGGAAAUUCAACAUUAACACCGUCGAAUAAAACUAACAGAAAUACGAAUCUCACCUAUGGCAUUGAUGAUGUGCCGCCCUGGUACCUUUGCUUAUUUAUGGCUUUACAGCAUUAUUUAACUAUGAUAGGUGCAAUAGUCUCGAUUCCUUUCAUUUUGACACCAGCUCUAUGUAUGGCAGAGGAUGAUCCAGCGAGAAGUUACAUCAUCUCCACUAUGAUUUUCGUUACAGGACUUGUAACUUUUUUCCAAACUACCAUAGGAUGCAGAUUACCUCUUGUUCAAGGAGGAACCAUUUCCUUUUUAGUCCCAACUCUUGCAAUCUUAAGUUUACCACAAUGGAAGUGUCCGCCACCAGAGAUUUUAAAUGAAUUGUCCUCUGCUAAUCGUACAGAAAUAUGGCAAAUCAGAAUGAGGGAACUUUCAGGAGCCAUUGCUGUAUCCUCUUUGUUUCAAGUAAUAGUUGGAUUUGGAGGUAUCAUUGGAUAUUUAUUGAAAUUUAUUACACCAUUGACUAUUGUGCCAACUGUCUCUCUGGUUGGAAUAUCUCUUUUUGAGAAUGCAGCUGAUGCUGCAUCUAAACAUUGGGGUAUCGCAGCUGGAACAAUACUGAUGUUAACAUUGUAUUCUCAAAUACUUGUUAAUGUGCCAUUCCCAAUAUUAAUGUAUCGUAAGGGUCAAGGAAUUAGAGUCGUGUGGUUUGAAUUAUUUAAACUAUUUCCGGUACUGUUAACUAUAAUAGUCAUGUGGAUAAUUUGCACAAUUUUAACCGUAACGGAUAUUUUACCAGUUGGUCAUCCAGCCAGAGCAGAUAGUAAAUUAAAGAUUAUCAAUGAUUCUCCAUGGUUCCGAUUUCCUUAUCCUGGUCAAUGGGGUACACCUACUGUAUCCUUAUCUGGUGUACUCGGCAUGUUAGCUGGUGUAUUAGCAUGCACAGUAGAAUCUAUCAGUUAUUAUCCAACAACAUCUAGAAUGUGUGGAGCUCCUCCUCCUCCAGUUCACGCUAUUAAUCGAGGUAUUGGUAUGGAAGGCCUUGGAACAAUGUUAGCUGGUCUUUGGGGAAGCGGAAACGGUACAAAUACGUUUGGAGAAAAUGUAGGAACCAUUGGUGUUACGAAAGUUGGUAGUCGCAGAGUCAUUCAAUGGGCGUGCGGAUUAAUGAUCCUUCAAGGAUUAAUUAGUAAAUUUGGUGCUGUUUUUAUCAUCAUUCCUGAACCCAUAGUUGGCGGAAUAUUUUGUAUAAUGUUUGGGAUGAUCUGCGCUUUCGGUCUUUCUGCAUUACAAUAUGUAAAUUUAAAUUCUGCGAGGAAUUUGUACAUUCUUGGAUUUUCUAUUUUUUUCCCACUGGUUUUAUCAAAAUGGAUGAUCAAUCAUCCAGGAGUAAUACAAACCAGAAAUGAAAUAUUCGAUAGUGUAGUUACAGUAUUACUUAGCACAACUAUUUUAGUUGGAGGUGUCGUGGGAUGUUUAUUAGAUAAUAUUAUACCAGGUACACCUGAGGAACGUGGACUUAUUGCUUGGUCAAAUGAAAUGGAAUUAAAUAUAGCAAAAGAUGAAAAAGAGGAUCAAGAGUACAUAUCCAAUACGUUUGAUUUUCCAUUUGGAAUGGAUAUUUUACGAAGAUGGAAAUGGACACAUUACAUGCCAUUUUUACCGACUUACAAACCUGGAAUUUAUUCAUGUGGCCAAAAAAAACAAUAAAUAAUUUAAUUUUAUUUAAUAAUGAAUUGCUAAUUAUUGUGUGAAUUUUACAAAAUGCGAAUAUUGAAUGAGUCACUUUACAAAUGAUGAAUUGUUAAUAGAAUGUAAAAGAAAAUGAUUAAAAUACAAAUUAAAGAAUUUUUAUAUAAAAAUAA